CCGCCUCCGCCGCCGCCGCCGCCUGCUCCCGCCGGCCGGGCCUUCGCCGCCGCCCCCCGCGCCCGAGCCAUGGCGGGCGCCGCGUCCCCCUGCGCCAAUGGCUGCGCGCCCGGCGCGCCCUCGGACGCCGAGGUGCUGCACCUCUGCCGCAGCCUCGAGGUGGGCACCGUCAUGACUUUGUUCUACUCCAAGAAGUCGCAGCGGCCCGAGCGGAAGACUUUCCAGGUCAAGCUGGAGACGCGGCAGAUCACGUGGAGCCGCGGCGCCGACAAGAUCGAGGGGGCCAUUGACAUUCGAGAAAUCAAGGAGAUCCGCCCAGGAAAGACCUCACGGGACUUUGAUCGCUACCAGGAGGACCCUGCUUUCCGCCCAGACCAGUCACACUGCUUUGUCAUCCUGUAUGGAAUGGAAUUCCGACUGAAGACCCUGAGCCUGCAAGCUACAUCGGAGGAUGAGGUGAAUAUGUGGAUCAAGGGCUUAACUUGGCUGAUGGAGGACACGUUGCAGGCAGCCACUCCGCUGCAGAUUGAGAGGUGGCUGCGGAAGCAGUUUUACUCAGUGGAUAGGAAUCGCGAAGAUCGUAUAUCAGCCAAGGACCUGAAGAACAUGCUGUCCCAGGUUAAUUAUCGUGUCCCCAACAUGCGCUUCCUCCGAGAACGUCUGACGGACCUGGAGCAGCGCAGCAGCGACAUCACCUAUGGGCAGUUUGCUCAGCUGUACCGAAGCCUCAUGUACAGCGCCCAGAAGAUGAUGGACAUCCCGUUCCUGGAAGCCAGAAUCUCAAGGACAGUGGAGCAGUCAGAGCCUGGCCAAAUGUCCCUCUCUGAGUUCCAGCAGUUCCUUCUUGAGUACCAAGGAGAGCUGUGGGCAGUGGACCGGCUCCAGGUACAGGAAUUUAUGCUGAGCUUCCUCCGAGACCCUCUCCGCGAGAUCGAGGAGCCAUACUUCUCUCUGGAUGAGUUUGUCACCUUCCUGUUCUCCAAAGAGAACAGUAUAUGGAACUCACAGCUGGAUGCAGUGUGCCCUGACACCAUGAAUAACCCUCUCUCCCACUACUGGAUCUCCUCCUCACACAACACGUACCUGACGGGAGACCAGUUCUCCAGUGAGUCGUCCCUGGAAGCCUACGCCCGCUGCCUGAGGAUGGGCUGUCGCUGCAUUGAGUUGGACUGCUGGGAUGGCCCCGAUGGGAUGCCAGUUAUUUACCAUGGACACACCCUUACCACCAAGAUCAAAUUCUCUGAUGUGCUUCACACCAUUAAGGAGCAUGCCUUUGUGGCCUCAGAGUACCCAGUCAUUCUGUCUAUCGAGGACCACUGCAGCAUUGCCCAGCAGAGGAACAUGGCCCAGUACUUCAAGAAGGUACUCGGGGACACACUCCUAACCAAGCCUGUGGACAUUGCUGCCGAUGGGCUCCCGUCACCCAACCAACUCAAGAGGAAGAUCCUUAUCAAGCACAAGAAACUAGCUGAGGGCAGUGCCUACGAGGAGGUGCCUACGUCUGUGAUGUACUCCGAGAACGACAUCAGCAACUCCAUCAAGAAUGGCAUCCUCUACCUGGAGGACCCCGUGAACCACGAGUGGUAUCCCCACUACUUUGUUCUGACCAGCAGUAAGAUCUACUACUCUGAGGAGACCAGCAGUGACCAGGGCAACGAGGAUGAGGAGGAGCCCAAAGAGGCCAGCGGCAGCACAGAGCUGCACUCCAAUGAGAAAUGGUUCCACGGGAAGCUCGGGGCGGGGCGGGACGGGCGGCACAUCGCCGAGCGCCUGCUCACCGAGUACUGCAUCGAGACUGGGGCCCCGGACGGCUCCUUCCUUGUGCGCGAGAGCGAGACCUUUGUGGGCGACUACACCCUCUCUUUCUGGCGAAAUGGGAAAGUCCAGCACUGCCGGAUCCACUCCCGGCAGGAUGCUGGGACCCCAAAGUUCUUCUUGACAGACAACCUCGUCUUUGACUCACUCUAUGACCUCAUCACACACUACCAGCAGGUUCCCCUGCGCUGCAACGAAUUUGAGAUGCGCCUCUCAGAGCCUGUCCCGCAGACCAAUGCCCAUGAGAGCAAAGAGUGGUACCACGCAAGCCUGACCAGAGCACAGGCUGAGCACAUGCUGAUGCGGGUCCCUCGGGAUGGGGCCUUCCUGGUGCGGAAGCGAAAUGAGCCCAACUCCUAUGCCAUCUCCUUCCGGGCUGAAGGGAAGAUCAAGCAUUGCCGUGUCCAGCAGGAGGGCCAGACAGUGAUGCUAGGCAACUCGGAGUUUGACAGCCUGGUAGACCUUAUCAGCUACUAUGAGAAGCACCCGCUGUACCGCAAGAUGAAGUUGCGGUACCCCAUCAAUGAGGAGGCGCUGGAAAAGAUUGGCACAGCUGAGCCGGACUAUGGGGCCCUGUAUGAGGGACGCAACCCUGGCUUCUAUGUGGAGGCAAACCCUAUGCCAACUUUCAAGUGUGCAGUCAAAGCCCUCUUUGACUACAAAGCCCAGAGAGAAGAUGAGCUGACGUUCACCAAGAGUGCCAUCAUCCAGAAUGUGGAGAAGCAAGAGGGAGGCUGGUGGCGGGGGGACUAUGGCGGGAAGAAGCAGCUGUGGUUCCCGUCCAACUACGUGGAAGAGAUGGUCAGUCCAGCAGCAGCCCUGGAGCCUGAGAGGGAGCACUUGGAUGAGAACAGCCCGCUGGGGGACUUGCUACGGGGGGUCUUGGAUGUGCCAGCUUGUCAGAUUGCCAUUCGUCCUGAGGGCAAGAAUAGUCGGCUCUUCGUCUUCUCCAUCAGCAUGGCGUCCGUGGCACAGUGGUCCCUGGAUGUCGCCGCUGACUCACAGGAGGAGCUACAGGAUUGGGUGAAGAAGAUCCGUGAAGUGGCUCAGACUGCAGAUGCCAGGCUCACUGAGGGAAAGAUGAUGGAGCGCAGGAAGAAAAUCGCCCUGGAGCUCUCGGAGCUAGUUGUCUACUGCCGGCCUGUUCCCUUCGAUGAAGAGAAGAUUGGCACAGAGCGUGCCUGCUACCGGGACAUGUCGUCUUUCCCGGAAACCAAGGCUGAGAAAUACGUGAAUAAGGCCAAAGGCAAGAAAUUCCUCCAGUACAAUCGACUGCAGCUCUCACGGAUAUACCCUAAGGGGCAGCGGCUGGACUCCUCCAAUUACGAUCCCUUGCCCAUGUGGAUAUGUGGCAGUCAGCUUGUGGCCCUCAACUUCCAGACUCCAGACAAGCCCAUGCAGAUGAACCAGGCCCUCUUCAUGGCCGGCGGGCACUGUGGCUAUGUCCUGCAGCCCAGCACCAUGCGCGAGGAGGCUUUCGACCCCUUUGACAAGAGCAGCCUCCGAGGGUUGGAGCCCUGUGGCAUCUGCAUCGAGGUGCUGGGCGCCCGGCAUCUGCCAAAGAAUGGCCGGGGCAUAGUGUGUCCCUUCGUGGAGAUCGAGGUGGCUGGAGCUGAGUAUGAUAGCACCAAGCAGAAGACAGAGUUUGUGGUGGACAAUGGACUAAACCCAGUAUGGCCGGCCAAGGUUUUUCACUUCCAGAUUAGUAACCCUGAAUUUGCCUUCCUGCGCUUUGUGGUGUAUGAGGAAGACAUGUUCAGUGACCAGAACUUCCUGGCACAGGCCACUUUCCCAGUGAAAGGCCUGAAGACAGGGUAUAGAGCAGUGCCUUUGAAGAACAACUACAGUGAGGACCUGGAGUUGGCCUCCCUGCUGGUCAAGAUCAACAUCUUCGCUUCCAAGCAGGAGAAUGGAGACCUCAGUCCCUUCAGUGGCACUUCCCUGCGGGAGCGUGGCUCUGAUGCCUCAGGCCAUCUGUUUCACGGCCGGGCAAGGGAAGGCUCCUUUGAAGCCCGUUACCAGCAGCCAUUCGAGGACUUUCACAUCUCCCAGGACCAUCUCACAGACCAUUUUGACAGCCGGGAACGAAGGGCCCCACGAAGGACUCGGAUCAACGGAGACAACCGGCUCUAGGCGUGCCCAACGCGGGGAGAGCAGCAGUGCUGCGCGCCUUGUGGAUCGCCAUGACCUGGGUUCUUUGGCAGCAGCCUGCCACGGCAGCCUUCCUGGUCUCGAAGCCUGGAACCUGCUUCCAGCAGUGGAUGCUAGACACAAACCAAGCCAUUAACAGGAUGUUUUACUGUUCCGGGCCCCCAUGCCCCAACUCUGGGCAAAGGCAAAAACUGUCCUGUGUCUUGCAUUAAGCACACACAUCCGGCCCUGACUUCUGGAGAUGGAGCUUUCCGUCUUGUAGGGCCGGGACCUCAGUCGCAGCCCCUUGGAGAGAGGCUGACUCGCUGGCUGCACAGGCGGCUCUGGGCAGCCAUGGACAUUCCUGAGCGUGGUGGAGGAGGAGCGGCAGCCUUGCUGGGCCAGGGAGAUCAAGUUUACAUUGUCCUGUAGCUUUAAAACCACAGCCGGGCAGGGUGGGAGGACAGUGGCUCCCAUGGUUGGGCCCUGGGGCCAGGGCAGAGGAGCACAGGCCUGGCCUGCCCAAGGAGGACACAGCACAAGGGCAUAUUGCCCCUGGCUGGGGUAUCACCCAGCCAGAAAGAUACAGGGGAUCAUGUUAAAAAUAGCAGUAUUAUUUUUCUUCUCAAUGGUAUUGUAACUUAAGUUAUUCACUCCUCCUGCUCCCACCCUUGGAGGGAACCUUGGAGCAGUUUGGAAGGUGAAGGCCCCGUCAGGACUGGGGGAGAGGCUCACUCGCCAAGCCUGUUCCUAUGAGGAACAAGGUCUGAGGGGAUACCUGCACUUGUGGAGCGGGGUGGGCAGUUAGUCGGGCGCUGGAUGAAGCUGCCGUGCUUAAGUUGACAUCUAGCUGGUACAAGAUCACAGGAAGAAGAUGAAAGGUGGAGAAGGCAGCCCCCGCUUCGGAGGGCAGAGGCUGGGGCCCAGGCCCCGGGCACAAAGGUGCCUCAUAGCAUCGCCAGCAGCAUCCAGCACACACACCUUCUGCCCAUGCUUGGGCUCAGGGUUGGCCAUCUGCUACUUCUGCCCUCUGAGGAACUGACUGCCAAAUAAAUCAUCCUCAUGUCCUUUUC